UGUGUGUGUCUCAGAGAUUUACUUGAGGAAAAUUAAGACAGUUACUGUGAGUGGGUGACAGACUGUGAAUGUAUGUAUCAAGGAGUGACUUGACAGAAUGUGAAUGAGUGAAUGACUAUUCGUGUGGGUGUGCCUGUGAGAAUAAAUGUGUGUGGCCGGGUGUAUGUGAGUGAGUAAUUUUGAGUGUAACUGAGGGCAUUGAGUUUGUGAGAGAGUGUGUUUGAGUGGCAAAGUGUGAGUGCCUGAGUUUGAGUGAGUGAGUGUGACUGUGAGUGAAUGUAACAGCAUGUUUGAAUGUAUGGCCGAUUGUGAGCCUGUGUAAGCGUUCAUGUGUAACAAUGUCAGUGAGUGAGUGAAGGUGAUAGUCAUAUGAUUAUGACUGAAAUUCUUCUAGAGUUUGUGUGUGACAAAAGUGUGUGAGUGUGACUCAAGAGUGAAUGUACGGGAGUCCCAAAAUGAGUAAAUGCCAGUGAAUUUGAGAGCUCAUGUGUGACUGAAUAAAUGUGACAGUAUUUAUCAGUGUGACCUUGUGCAGAGUGCCCUCGAGCCCUUGUGUGUGAUCAAGGAGUGCAUGUGUGCUCAUGAGUGAGUGUGAACUGAGAGUUCAACUGAGUGUGUGUUACGGGUGCGUUCACAUCUGUGUCUUUGUGAAAGUGUGUGUGAAAGAGUUUAUGUGAAUGGCAAAAGGCAUGAGUGUGCAUCUGUGUGACCUUGAGAGGGAGAGGGAGAGAGAGUGGAUGGAUAAGUGUGAGAGUGUAAGUGACUGUGACUAUGUAAGAGUCCAUGUGAGUGUGACAAAGUAUGUGAAAAUGAGUGACUUUAUGUGAGAGUAUGUGUGCGCAUGUGAAAGUGAAUGCUACGAAGUUGAGAGUACGUGAUAGUGUGUGUAAAUGAGUGACCAUGUGGUGUACUGUGUGUGUGAUUGUAGAGAGCACAGAGGUCCAGAUGACGUGGCAGCGGCCUGUCUAUAUUUGGCUCGGCGGGGGGAAAAAAAUGCAGCAGACAGGCUGGAAAUUGUUUUUCACCAUUCUCCCCUUUUUUUUCCUUUUUCAUUUUUAAGCGAAAGCAGAACACCAUACCUAAACAUCCCACGCCACCCCACCUGCUUUGGUUUCUUUUGAGCACAACUACUAUGCCAAGUUGUCUCCAACUUUAGCGAGGCAAGUCGAAACAGACGCAGGAAAUGACAUUCGUUUUAAAAAACAAAACAAACAAAAAGGAAAGUGGGAGUGGGUGCGUGUGCCGCGACUCAAACCCCAGAGGCAGGCUGUGUCCUACCUUUCUUUCCUUCUACUUAAAGCAAUUACAGGCCUGUGCCCACAACUAUAAUGACAGUAUGAUGCGAUGGCAGCAGAGUACCAAUAAAAGCCACCCAUGACAGAUUAACAGUGCUGUGCAAGUUCUGAACUGUAAUUAACAACGAGAUGGCUGGAAGAUAAAGUGGCCUCCUGAGUGAUGUCAAAUGCAAAGAGAUGUUUUGAGCUGCUGCUUUGAAGCGGCUGCAGUCAACUAAUGCUUUUUAAUUCUACAGUUUUUAUUUAGUUCCGCAUUUUUUGGGGGGAAGGGGAUGGUGGGUAAUGAGAAUUACUUUUUUUGUCUGCAAUGUAGUCAUAAUAUAGUCUGGACUGUCGACCAGCCAAGUGCUGUCAAUGCACACAAUCCUACGGAGCCACGAAUUUGACAAGGAAGGAGAAAAAGAAACCUUUGCGUUCCCUCGCCAAAAAAAUAAAUAAAAUAAAUCAGUUUUCUCACAAAGAUUUGCAUUCCCUCGCAACUUUUUUGUUUUUUGCAAGUGGAACGUAUUUAUUUUUUAAUUUAAUUUAAUUUCUUUAUUGAUUGUACCGUAUUACUUACAAUGUACCAGUAUAUCAUCCACCCAUCAUUAAUUUUUAAAGAAAUACAUUGAAGUUCUUUGUUAUUGUCAUGUAGUCAACUGUGGAAAAAUCCGGUGUUCAUUGUAGUAUUGUGUAGGACAACUGCACUAAUAUUAGCUGCUAAUUGUUCUGCUGGUUGGCACGGAUAUCCCUUUCAUCAGUUUUAAAAUUUCAAUUAAGCAAUAUAUAUGUUAUGUCUUCAUUUGAACUAAAUGUCAACUAUACCAAUGAUCAUUUUUUUUUAAACAUUUGAUUAAAACUUGGCUUUAAUGAUGCUAUCACAUCCGCAUGCUAACCUGGUGGCUAGCUUCUUUUUCCGCUUUUCAGAAAAGUUGAGAUUGUGUUAUUUGUACAAUUUUGUAUGGCACAAAUGUGAAAGGCCUCUCUAUUAAUCUUUUUUUUGUAGAAUUGCGUAUAUGUGGUUUUUUCAUGAUUACAAUAUGACUGAAAAAGCUAAGCUAAGCCACCUGUUUUGCCCUCUUAUAUACUUGCGAAUGAAACUCACUGCUAACUGUCAACUUCAGCCUCCAUUUACCGGCCACUUGAGGAUUGUUGUUAUUUUUAGAAUAAACUCAAUGUAUUCCUAACUCUGUGUGUUUGUGCGCCCACUUUGGUGAGAGUGAAAUGGCUCUUAUCCACAAGUCACACUCCCUUCCCCUUUCGGUAGCAGCCCGCCUCCCAACUUCCCACACACAUCGGCCGCUACCCCAGGCCAGCCCCGCCUCCCGCUCUUACUCGUCGGCUGCGUGGCUCAGUCGGCUCGGCUCGUGAUGGAGCUCCAUCCCGCAGCAGGUCUGCACGCACACCAGCGGACCCCGCUUGAUCUCCCCUAAAAGCGGCCCCUCCGCCACAAGGACUUCUUUCAUUCAUCUUUCAACUUCUGCUUUUUUUUCUUACUCUCCAUGUUUGUUCGAGGGGGCACGACUACCAUUGGUUUUACGACAUAAAACAGCACGUUUCCCUGGUUGUUUAGCGACGUUUUCUGUAGCGAGGAUAAUAAGAGCUUUUGUGAUAGUUUUUAAAGGGGGAGUAAUAAGAGCCUUUUGGAGAGUAACACGAUUUUCUUGGAGCGUAAUACGAGCUUUUUGGGUCGUUAAACACACCGCUGGUAGGUUCAUCGAGUUAGCUAUGUGGCCCCUUUGGCCCCACCGACGUGCUUGUCUGAGGUGAGGGGACAUAACGACGUGAGCUGCCAGGUGAGGUGAUUUUAUCAUGGGCUGAGUUCUUUUUAUUCCCCGAAGGCUGGGCACUGGAGGACUGCACACAUUUUUUUGAUUAAUUACUUUCUAUGAUCUCAAUUGUGAGUGAUGAUUGAUCAUUUUCUGGGAGUUCGUGCAAGCCUAGAUUAACUUGUUCCAGGCAAGUUGUACAUUUUUUGAAGCACUGGUGUUGAGUCAUAAGUCGUUAAACACCUAUUACUUUUUUUCAAUGACAGCUGUAACUUUUUUGCGGUUUCAUGAUUAAGUUACCGUGUGUAAUUGUCGCUUUGUGAUUUGUCGUUGAGUCUAGCCUCCUUUUUUAAAUGUGCUUUUUGGGAGAAGUAUUUGUUUAUCGUGGUGGCUUUAACUCUGACGUACGCGUUCACGACCAGGGUUUAGUAUUGCCUUUUCGUUGCAGUCUCCCUUCCCUUUUGGAGUUUUUUUUCACCCCACAGUCUCACUGCCCCCUCGGCCGUUCAGGGACUCUCUCUCCCCCAGCCUCUCUUCGGACAAUGUGGCUGUCUCGUUUGGCUCUGCUGCUCCUUCUCCGGCUGUCCGUCGCGCUGGUCAAGGGCAUCAACACUUGCGCCUUCAUCAAUUUGGACGAGCAGAAGUCGCGGCGCAUCGAGGCGGUGCGCGGGCAGAUUCUCAGCAAGCUGCGCAUCCAGAGCCCGCCGGAAGACGACGACGAGGCGGGGGCGGCGGCGGCCGGCAACGGCGGCGCGGUCCCCGCGGAGGUCAUGUUGCUGUACAACAGCACUCGGGAGCUGCUGAAGGAGAGAGCGCGUCUCGCCGACUCGACGUGCGAGCGGGAAAGCAGCGAGGAGGACUACUACGCAAAAGAAGUGCAGAGGAUUGACAUGCUGCCCCAGCGCACCCAAACUAACGCGGUGCAGCCGUUGCCACUGGACCCGCAUUACAGGAGCGUCCUGUUUGACGUGAGCAGUGUGGACCUGACGAACAGCACGCUGGUCAAGGCUGAGUUCAGGAUCUUCCGAGCCCCCAACCCGCAGGCCCGGGCCUCUGAGCAGAGAGUGGAGAUCUAUCAGCUUCUGAAGCCAGAUGAGGAGAGCACGUCCACGCAGCGCUACAUCGACUCUCGCACCGUUCAGCCGCGGGCGAGGGGUGCCUGGAUCUCCGUGGACGUCACAGAAACCGUCAAAGACUGGGUGUCGGAGCCAGAAAACAAUCUGGGGUUGAAAGUGGGCGUCCAUUGUCCAUGCUGUACCUUCGUCCCCGCCACCAACAAUAUUGUGCCCAACAAGAGCGAGGAACUGGAGGCUCUCUUUGCAGGCGUGGACGACGAGCAGCUGCGCCAGCUCAAGAAGCAGAGCCAGGUGAAAGGUCAGGCGGAUUUCAGCAGCAAGACGCCUCACCUCAUCCUCACCCUGCUGCCCAGCGACCGAGUGGACAACCCGACCAAGAGGAACCGCAAAAAGAGGGCGGCGGCCACAGACGCUGCCACCUGCUCGCGUGGUUCCGAGUCGGGCUGCUGCCUACGCUCGCUCUACAUUGACUUCCGGCGCGACCUCAACUGGAAGUGGAUCCAUGAACCCAAAGGUUACAAGGCCAACUUCUGCGCCGGCAACUGUCCUUACCUCUGGAGCGCCAACAACCACUACAACAUGAUCCUGCCACUGUACAACAAGCUGAACCCUGAAGCGUCGGCGUCGCCCUGCUGCGUCCCCCAGGACUUGGAGCCCCUCACCAUCAUGUACUUCAUCGGGCGCAGCCCCCGUGUGGAGCAGCUCUCCAACAUGGUGGUCAAGUCCUGCAAGUGUCGCUAGAAACCAACACCCCCCUGACCCCUCCCCAUUCCGAACUCUCCAUUUGAGACUGUAAAUAAGUUCACAUCCAUACAGUGCUUAUGGAAAGUAUUCACAGCACUUCACUUAGUCCACAUUUUAUGUUCUACUUUAAUUCACCCCCCCUCCCCCCGCCUUCAAACCUCUAAGUGAAGCAGUGACUAUUUUCCGAAUGCAUGCUGUAAUAAACUUUGACUGUUCUUCCACAUACGUCUCUUAGCAAAGGAUUGUUUUAUGUCCACUGUUCCUUGUGACUGUUUGUACUGUAGCUAGACAAGAGAAAGAAAAAGAAAGAGAGGAGCCGUGUCCAUGCGAGCGGGCCGAGGGCCUGCCAUCUCGCUGCGGUCCGCGCCUCAAAUGUGCCAUGGCGUAAACAGGAUGCAGAUUUUUCACAAAAAGGCAUCCAUUUGAAACGCCUUCUCCUGCUCCUCCUCUGUUGCUGCUUCUGGGAUUUGUGGCGGGAGCAGAGAGCGAGAGAUGCCCUUUUGAGAGCCAGACGUGGGACGGACGACGGGGCGGAAUUUGUCUGGAAGGUGGCGGUUUGCAGCCCCGGCGCACUUCCGAGCGUUUUUUACGGUCUGGCAGCCUAAUGACGCUGACGUGCUUCUUUUCUUUUUUUCUGCAUUCAUUAUCUUACUGAUGGUUAUGCCUUGUGGUUGACCUUCUCGAUGUCUCGAACAUACACACACAAAGUAUUCUGUACUUGUUGACCACACUUGAAAUUGUGCAAAUAAAAAAAAAUAUUUCCGGGGUUGACUUUUAAA